CACGCCUGCGAAUCGGGAGAUUGGAAAUUCAAUUUGAUUGUGUUGGAUAUAAUUUAAGAAAAAUGAAGGCGAAUUGGGAGGUGAAGGAUUGUUGUAACCAUGACCAAGUCAUCUUCCUUGUCACCAUUGGUGUCUACACCGUCUUCAUUUUUAUCUUAUGGAGAACAUUUAUUAUAACACCUUUCAAGCUCAUUACUGUGUUUCUUCAUGAAGUAAGCCAUGCAAUUGCUUGUAAGCUCACAUGUGGAGAGGUGGUGGGCAUAAAAGUUCAUGCCAAUGAGGGGGGAGUGACACAAACUCGCGGUGGUCUUUCUUGGGUGAUCUUGCCUGCUGGAUAUCUGGGUUCAUCUUUCUGGGGAAUGGUUCUCAUACUCGCAUCGACAAACGUUCUCAGUGCAAUGAUAGCAGCUGGUUGUUUUAUUGCCGCUUUGCUUAUCGUACUCUGCCUUGCAAAAAAUUGGACACUUCGCGGACUUUGCAUUGGAUUCAUCAUUUUCAUUGGUGGAAUUUGGGCUCUGCAAAUACAAACGGAAGUUCGUAUGCUCCGUUAUGUAAUUCUCUUCAUAGGUGUUAUGAACAGCUUGUUUUCUGUAUAUGAUAUCUAUGAUGACUUAAUAUCUCGAAGAGUGAACUCAAGUGAUGCUGAGAAAUUUGCUGAACUUUGUCCAUGCUGUUGUGCUGGUCCUUUUUGGGGAGUCCUUUGGGGAAUGAUAUCUUUUGCUUUUCUUUUUGGAGCUAUGUACCUUGGCCUUGCCCUUUUAUCUUGAGGUCUUUGCAGAUGGGUUUAACGUCCUUGCAAUAAGGCAGUGCAGAGUUCCUAUCGUCUGUUGUGUAGUAUGUCAUCAAAUAUUAGAUGCUACAUUCAUUUUUGUCUUGUCCUCAACCCAGUGAGCACUUCUUUUUAUCCCCUAUGAGAUGGGGUUAGUACAGUUGUGACUUGUAUUUGUAUAGCAAAAAUCAAAUACUGUACCAUGGUUUCCCGUUCAGCUGAUUCCUGUGCCAGAACCUUUGCAGACAUUUGUAAGUCGUGGUUCAAUUAGACAACAUGUUGCUUCGAAGAUUGGAGUUUUUCAGAGUAGUAAAUUCAAGAAAAAGAGCUUGUGUGAGAAAUUCUUCAAGAAGUUAGGCAGAAAUAUCCUCUAUUGCUGAAUAGAGCACUCACUCUGCAUAGAUUAGGCAUACAUGCAUUCCAACCCCUUUUAGUUGAAGGGACGCUCUUUGUUUACAUCCAUUAGUUUGUAAAUUGGUCUAGAUUCAAUGAGUACAGUGGGUUGUUUGAUGCCUGAACAUGAUGUGUACCCCUUAUAUUUUGUUUAACUAGAUUUAAGCAAGUCUGAAGAACUUGAUUGGUUU